AUGGCCAGUGAUGAAUACCGUCUUCUUGAGGCGAACAAAACAGCCAUCUUUCAUGCCCUCGACACGCACCGCACUGUGAUCUUCGAAAACCUGGUAGGGGCGUACUCCGUUGCGAGGUUCCUUUUGGAGUAUGGCAAUUUCGCCGUUACCGCAGUGGAAAACUCGUCGUUCGCUGCAGAUCUGCUGAAAAAUAGCUUAUCUUCCCUCUCAGUAUUGACUAUCGACGAUUUACUGUGGACAGACGUAGAGUGCGACUGGGUCGUGCUGGCAACGUCGAUCGACGACACAGUGACGCAAUUGGCUCUCCAGCAGUUACAGACGGCGAAAAAGCUCAUCAUUGUCAAUAAUUAUGGUUCACGUUUGGACUGUUCGGGAAUCAGCAUUAAUUUGCAAAACCCUGUAUUCGAGGUCUUUUUCGCGACUUCUGAGCCACCCGAUCUGCUUUCAGAGGCAGAGAAACUGAUAAAGAACCGCAAUAGCAACAUCAUUGUUCUGCUACCGUCCAAGAAACAAGUCAAGGAGUUUGCAACCAUGACUGGAUCUACAUCCGUGUUUUCUGAGAAUGAUCUAAGCAGUCUCCGACUCGUUAACCAGAGCAACGUGGUGGUCAUGCAGAACGACAAAGAGCUGAUCAAUAGUCUGCGAUAUCUCAACUUCUACAGAUCUGUAGGCUUUUCUCUUACGAUCCAGUCUGGCAUUGAAAACCGGCUUGUUCACUCACCGCUAAAUUUUGACUACACACUGCCAACGCCAAUCCCGCAAAAAUACCUACGUGCUUUCCCUUGGGAGACCUCUGUCUUAAUAAAUGAGAAAUCACUCACAGACCUCUCUCUGUCUGACCCUUUGGUGCCACUUCUAGUCCUGAUGAAAAAAUACAAAAACUCCUCGGAAGCCAUGUUCGACGACCGCAUAUUUUGUUCUCUGGCGAAAGUACCGUCUUUCGAGCAUUGUCUAGCCCAAUUAGAGCGUUGGGGCCUUGUGGAGUACACGAACGGGUUUCGGUUGACAGACCACAUCUUCUGGAAAUACAAAUUGUACCGUAUGGCUGGCCGUAAAUGGCUGGGCCUGCUCACAGCGCUGGAGUCGUCACUUCCGUUGGGUGCGGACGUCACGUUUGUCCUUCUUUCGAUUUUGAGCAUUUGCAGAACUUUGGACACAGCCUCGUAUAGCAUUUGGUCGCUGCUGCAUGAUAUAAACUCCAAAGUUCCCAGCCUGAAAAGCAUGGAGUCCGAUUUUAUAACGUUGGCCAACUUUUUCGUCUCCACGUUCAAAUUAAUCAACAAUUUUGUCGUACAGCAGAGCAUGGACUCCAAUUCCGAGCUUUCGCGGCUACUUCAUCGCCAUAAAAUACUACGGCAGAUUCCAGACUGUUUCAACGAGCUAGCUCGCCAUUUUGUGCUUUCCGACGCUUUUGGCGACUCGACCCUUACAAACACACUAAUGUGUCUCCGUAAAGGCCUAAUGUUCAACAUAGGAGUGAUCUCUAGUGUGACUGUGACCGAAAAGCCUCUAGCCAGGUUUAAAGUUGAUCCCGAGUACGACUCAAAUUCCGGUCUCUUACCAAGUUUGCUGAUCGAAGUGCCUGUCGACAUCGCUGCCUUCUACCGAACUGGAGACCUUGUGCAUUGGUACACUCUCCAUAAUCACUCUGACGAAAGCAUGUACCCAUUUCUGGGAGUCAAGGGCUUUAAGCAGGAAACGUUGCAACGCAGCAACGGCUACUACGUUAGAUCGCUUACAUAA